AACGUACGCUCGUUUUUAUACACGAUACUCCAACAUACCUCAGCCCUACAACCUGUUUACCUCCACCAAGCCGCAUCCUACCACCCACCCACGCAUCUUGCAAUCAAGAAUACAAUGUUGCUCCUAUCCUUCUUUCUCGCACUUAUGGCGAGUGUCACUUGCUUGACCACUUCUUCUCUCCCCUCUGUGGCUGUGGCAACCGCCGUUGUCGACCCUGCCGACUCCGUGUCUGCCACCACCAUCUUCGAUCCUGCUCUCCAAGCCGAGGUCUCCGUCCCUGACGUCGCGGUUUCUGAUGUCGAUGAAAUUACUGCCAAUGGGAGGACCCCUUUCGUAUGUUUCAUACACCAUAGUUCAUAUCUGACGUGCAAAAUUUGUCUUCAGCGACGCUGA